UGUUUCCGGACGUUCAUAGUCAGGUUGAAAGUCUCCAGCACGAUAGACGAAAAAUAAGAAUAAUUUGGUACGGCGGUGAUGAUGGACCCCAUAGAGUACACCCUACGCAAGCGUCUCCCCAGGAAGCUGCCCAAGCGCCGCAACGACGUGUACGUCAACAUGAAGACAGACUUCCGGGCCCAGCUGGCCCGCUGCCAAAAGCUGCUGGAAGGAGGAGGCCACGGAGAGAUCUGUGUCCACGGUCUGGGCCUGGCCAUCAACAGGGCCAUCAACAUUGCCCUGCAGCUCCAGGCCAGUAGCCAGGGGGCGCUACAGCUGGCAGCCAACACGUGCGCGCUCCCGGAAUAACUCUGCUAUUCAUAUCAAUGUGUUCUACCCAGACCCACAGUGACCCAAAACACAACUAUCGUCCCUAGCUUGGAUAUGGCUAACUACCUCCAUUGAUGUGUCUGUAAUAUCGUACUGAUGGAGUCUAGUCAUAUCAGGGGUACACUUAUUCCAUCCACCUGCAGUGGUUAAAACUGACAGUGUUGUUUAGAUGCAGGGAGAAUUAUCUAUGAACUAUUGGAAUCUCUUUCUCAGUUUUGUUACAUAUUUUGUCAUGCAUGAUGUCAGUCAGAGUAGUGUAUUUGUCAGUAUCAAGAGUGUGUUGUUUCAUUGCAUCGUCAUUUCCAGACAAUCCCUUACUGCCUGAAACAAACUCCCAUAGGAAAUGGGACAGACCACACACCAACUCAUGCAAGCUACAAUACACCUCUUCCACAUGUGGGAAUAUGUUUAAUCUCUGAAAAGGUUGUGGAUUUGAAUCUUUCAUAAAAUGUAUUUGUUACACGUUUUUUGUUUCUUGUGAUAACACUGAAUAUUAUUUGACCAUGGGAAAUAAGUAAUAUUUCAGUCAUUUCUGGUCAAAUUUAAGUUUACAAACUAAGUCUGGGCAUGAGACAUGCCAAUCAUGUGUUUUACAUACCGAUUCCAUACAUUCAAAUCUAGCUCUGUCGAAGAGUCAAUAAAUGUUUAUUUUUUAUUUGA